AAAUAAGCUCUACCGGAUAAACGUGUAUAGAGAGGAAUUAAAAUUAGUGGUUGAGAGAGAGAAAGAGAGAUGGCUGCCACCGCCGUGACCGGCAGCUGCAACACCACCUUCUUCCCUUCCUCUCUCCCAAAACCUCCGCGACAAUUUCUCCAUUCUUAUAAAAUCACCGCACCUCAACACCUGACGCUGACUAGUACUUCAAUCACCCGACUUUCUGUUUCACCGCCUGAAACCAGCGCCGUUGAAGCAGAACAAAGUGACGAUGGCGUCUCUUCCUCCUCUGCCUCUCUCGCGGGGUGUAAUGCCUGUGGAAGGGAAGAGAUUGAGAAGGGUUGUAACGGUGAAGGAAGGAUUCAAGGUGGGAUUGCCACUGUCCCGGGCUUCGGCUGGUGGCCAAUAAAAGCUUACCGGCCUUGCCCUGCAUACCUGCAGUCCGGAGGGAGGUACAGAAGAACAGGCCAAAGCAUGGACGAAGUUGUCUCUGGAGGUGGUGGUGGUCGUGCCAAACCUGCAUCAAGCAAGAAAAAGGAAUGAUCUGAGUAAGUCAGGAGAUAACUAAAUGUUCAAGAAUGCUUCAAUGAUGUUAGGCAAGUUUAAUUUCUAGCACAAGAAGAAUAUCAUCUAGUUUUUCUUGCAUCAACAAAGCCAUGUCCUUAUUCUGUUUCUUUCUUUUUGUUGGUAAAUGCAACAUUAAAUUCAAGGACCGUGCCACACUGGACUCGAGCCAGAGAUCUUUGUACACCAUAUGUGAAAAUUUUUGUUUACAUUCAUAUAUAUCUGGGAAACAUUCUAUUA